AUGUUGACCGCUGCCAAGGAUGAGAACGUGAUUAUGCUCUUGGGCAGUACAGGAUCCGGCAAGACUUGCUUUGUCCACACGCUAGCAGGCCGGAGCCAGCUGACACGUGGUAAUUGUGGAUGCGCCGGGACAGUUCGACACAAGAGGAUGAUGCGCUUUGUCAUUCUGAUCAACUGCGUAACCUUCCAGUCUGAAAGAGCUCACAUUCUUCGGCAGAUGGCACUUCCAAACCUCCGCCAGCUUGGUGUGGAGGCGACGACAGCGGAGGCGAAAUUGGAUCGUGCCCGCGAGGAGGUGUAUUCGUGGCUUAGGGAAUGUUUCAGUGACACGGACCCCAACGAUGAAUGCCUCGACACAAUCAGCUUGAUGUUGCAGAGUGUCGAGAAGUACAAGGGAGGGCACCUUACAAGACGCCUCGUCGACGUGUACCAUCCAGAUUGGACAUCCAGUGUGAAGAUCGAGCGCAUGCUUUCAUUUGCGCGAGAUGGGCUUCGAGUGAAGCUGAUGGGUGGAGAUUGUGAGGUGAAGGCAACCCGGGACGAAAUGGAGGAGCUCCUCCAGCGACAGGUGGAGACUCUGCAGCAAGAGGUCAGCCAAAUGCUGCGACGUGCGGAAACUCGGCCGGAGAAGUCGGAGAGUCAAUCGGAGGCCUUUGGCAAGGACUGGGCCAAGCAGGUCUGGCAGCUUGUCGAGAGUUUAGCUUUGCAGCCACCUGCACAGGCAAUGUGCAGGUGCAAAAUCAACUUCCUGGAUGGGAUCUACAUGUUGGAAGCAUCAGGCUUGCUGCAGUCCUCCUCCAAUGCGCUGGACAAGCUCCUAGCCAGCGAAGGCAUACCCUGCGCAGCAGAUCUCCACCGCUGCGUUGCAAAGAUCCUCACCUGGGCAGAGAUGUUUCCGGAUCGAGGUUUUCAGCGAGGUCAGGAAGCGCAGGGACUGCUUCAGAGCUACAUCAACAAGGUGGGUGACAAGCAGCUCCAUGAGGAUAUGAUUGCUGUGGAAGCCACGUCAUCGCAGACCGGAACUUUCUCAGACCAGCUGGCCCUUCUUGCGCGCCUGGAGAGCAUCUGCUCUGCGACCUUGGAAGGGGAGAUGCUGGGAGACGCCAGCAAAGCCGCCGAAGCCAUGACGGGGCUCGAGGCUUCAGUGACCGCCCACUUCGAACAGGUCUUCCAAGCUGGCAUGGAGUCCAUCGACGCCACGGUGUCCGCGGUCUUGGAAGCACCCAGGUCCACCCUUGCAAGCAAGGAAACUUUGGCGCCCUUCAGCGUCCUCAUCUCUCAGCUCACCGACUGCAAGCGCAGCAUGGAGGGCGCUGAGCUGGCAGCCCCGAAGACUCACACCAGACUUGCCGAGAAAGACUACUUCAUCUCCGUGCAUCGUCACUUGUCUCGGGCAGACCUGGCAUGUGCAUGUUGGCUGAAGAUGUUUCUCAUGCUGUCAUGGUCAUUACAGCGCAGCAAACUGCAGUAUGAGGAUGCGGAUGCAGCCACUGGCACUUGCAUCCAGAAUCUCUGUGAGACCAUCCAUCUCGUGACCGAGACUUUGCCGCCGAAGAACAGGGAGAUCUUUCGGAAGCGCUUCGCACAUCCGGUGCAUGCGGAUGUGACUGUCGGCGUCAAGCAGCUCAUUCAGUCGCUACAGCAUUAUGACUGGCUGGAUGAUGUCACAAAGACGGAUGACAGGCUCAUGGCAGCCUUGCAAGACCUCGAAUUGCUGCCACUGGACGGUAGUUCCAGCAUUGCUGGUGUUGGCGGACGGUUGAUUCUCCACAGUUUGUACACACAGCUGAGGGAUCGCAUGACGAAGCACUCGAGCGACUCGCGGAAGCGCCUGGAAAAGCAGAUUCGGAAGACUUGGGAGGAUUUCCGGAAGUUGGGCGGCUUGGGGUCAGUGUACCCUGCGCUGGAGAAUGACCAGCAAAGGUGCCUCGAAGAGCUUGGGCACACGUCGGCCGAAUGGGUGUCAGGUGUUGUCGAGUCUUUUUCUGGCAAGUUGGAAGACCUCGACGGUCUGAUUGUGCAAGAGGUAGACCAGGCGCAUCGGAAUUUCCCCAUGCCUUUGGCGUUUGUGAGGGCAUGUUCGUUCGGACUUGCCAAGAUCUUGUCGGAGCUGAAGCAGCAGAUUAUAGCCUCUGUGGCUGCUGCUGGCAACUAUGAGGAGAAAGACCGAGUCCUUUCUAUGAUGCAAGACUGGCGGGCCAGGGAGUUCUGGACGUUCUUGCAACACCUACCGGAGGUUUCGCAGCUCGAGACGCAAGUGCGGGACAAUCUUCAAGAGGUCAUGGACGAUUUGCAGAGGAAGGUUCUAGAUCCCCUGCAGCGCCAGGCUGCUGAAGAAUCCCUAGCAACGCUUCAGCGGCUCACAAAGCUGGAGAACACGGCCUUCACACAGGCGAAGCAGGCUCUGAUACGGCUGCAAGACUUGGUUGGAGCGCGGAACGUCGAGGAUGAUAAAGAAAUCCAGUGGCACAUCGAGAACUCCGACUUCAAGGGCCUCAAGAAGCUGUUGGGCCCUGCACCCGAAACAGACGCAGCAGGUUCGGAGGCUGAUCUCUUUCGACAAAGGUUGGAACGCAUCGUUGACUGUGUCAAGAAACACCUUGGAUUGGCCAAGAGCUCGUUGGAUGCUCCAGAAACCUUGGCAGAAGAGCUAGCAAAGUUGAGGGCCGCGAACGAAGACAUCGGUGACUUGCUUGAGAUCCACCAGGAGUUGCACUUGUCAAAGGAGUUGCAAGAGUUGCAGCAGCAAGCCGCGGAGCGGGCCCAGAAGCUGAUUGAUCAGCUGAAGGCUUACAUCGAGCAGAAGAGCUAUGGGCUGUGCCUGGAGCGGUCGAAGGAGCUGAAGCAUGUGUUUCGGAACUGGGAGGCCUCCCAAAUCUUGACACGCACCCAGCAGCACGAAGCCGAGAUGACCAUCGACAAGGCAGCAAAGUGCCUGGAGAAAGUCGGAGUGCUCAUUGACGAGUUUCUCGAAAGCCUGAAAGCUGCAGAUCCAGAGAAGCCGCCAUCAUCGGACUUGGCAUUGGAGCUGAGGCAGCUGCAGAAGGGAGGUUGCCGAGAUGCAGCGUACGAGAGUGCCGUGCAGCGUAUCAACAAGGAGCUGGACACCUUCCUGAUGGCGAAGAAACACAACGACGAAAUGCAGAGUAAGAUCAGCUCCGAAGAAAGGAUUCGGGGUUUCGGUAUGCACUUGGACUCGCUCUCGAAGCAGCCUGGGAUUCUCCAGCGCGGAUACGACUACUUUUUCGGUAGAACGGUGACUUACUGGAUCGACUGCCAAAGGGAGUACCGGCACAAACGUGCCUGGCUGCAAGGGGAAGUUGUAGCAAUCACCUCGGACGCCGUGAAGGAGCUGAAAGCUGAGAACUACGUGUUGCUUGGCAAGUACUUGGCGAUGACCUUCUACAUCAGAGACCAUUUGGGCAAUCACUUGGAACACAGCACUAUGUUCCGAAUGGAAGAACUCGCGCGCGCUUCGCGAGAGUACCUUGAUGCAAAGCUGCAGCAUCUUCUGUCACUCUUAAAGGGACACGAUGCGAGCAGUGCGAUUGCCCAACUGGGCCCAUUCCUGGACUUUGUUCGCUACGUUCCCGUGAAGUUUGAGAGAUCCCCUUUCCAUGAUGCUCUCUACGAGUUUGCAAGCGGACAGCUGAAGAUACUCCAGAAGGCCGUGAGUGAUGUCGCUGUGAGCGAUGCCUUGAAGGUGGUGCAAGACUUGCAAUCACUGGGUCUGAUUUUACUCACGCGAUUCGUCAUCUACAAGCAGGAGAUAUCAUCCGAUCUGCUGCUUGACUCAGCACGUCGCGAGAGCUGGGAAAGACUUGUGCAGCUUCAGGAGCACACUUUCGGAGGAAGCCUGGCCUGCAGAGGCAUGCACUUCGCAGUCUUGGACGUACUGCCUUCUGUGGUAGCAGGACAGCUGCAGCUGCCGUCUUCUGGUGAGAUCAACAGGGCCUGUCGCACGAAGGCCAUGGAGUUCCACGAAGACAAGUGCUAUCAGGUUGACAGACGGAAGCGCCGAAGUGUAUCUCCAGAAGAAGCCACUCGCAUGAUGCAAGCGGUAAAUGCAGCAAAGGAGUUCCUCUCAUGCGAGUCCAAUCUCGAGGGUUUCAAGAACGAUGUGCAGCGCCUUUUUCUGCGUGAGCUACAGCCAUUCAAAGACCCACGACUGUCUCACGUGCAGAUGCUCAUCGAUGAGCAAAGGUAUGGCGUCCUGAACAAGAUCCUUCUUGACCUUAGUAACGUGGACAAGCAGCUCGCUAGCAGAAUGGGCAUACCCCUCGAGAGCAUGUGGGCGGGAAUAAAGAAGCUCUUGAUUCAAGAUGUGCGGAAAACACAAGAAUCAGCGCGUGCAAACUGGGAAGGAGGACUAUUUCGAGAACUUCAUGAGGAUCUGACGAAGUUGAGCGUUGCCAAACGUGAGCUUGCGCCGCAUCCGGAUAUUGUUCCGAACAGCAUCAUUGAGGAAGCUCGGGCAAAAGUCGAAAAGAACAUCAAGGAUGUAGGCCUCGCGGCACUAGCCUGCCUAGAGAGGCAUUCUUCGCUUGCCUCGGCAAUGACACAGAUCUUCCAGUUUGGAUCGCAUCUCAUCCGCCUCGCUCACAUCUUUACCCACCUGAAGGACUUCAAGGUACAGGCAGAGACAGAGGUGACUCAUGCUUUGAAUGUUUGCCAAGACAAGCACUGGGGUGCCAACUUCCUGAUCGAACUGGGCAUGAAGCUAAGUUUGGGUAAAGUUGGAGACCCCAAGACUGAUGCAACCGUGGCAAGAAUCAUUGCGAGCGAGUUCCCGCACUUCGAAAGCGUUCGCACAGCCGUCUUCAACCGCGAGACUCGUGUCACACAGAGAGAUGUCGGUGAGACGCUGAAGGACAUUUGUUCUGUGGAUGUUGGCACAGACGGUCGCCGGAAAGACAGACCGGUGCCUAUCAAGAAGCUCCGCGAGGGGUUCGAGGAAUACAGCGCCGCGUUCGAUACUCAUUUGAAGGAUUGGAUUGCCGGUGAUCUCACGCCAGACCAGCUUGCAAAAACCAUCAUUGAACGUGCAGCCCGACUGCGUUCAAGCAGGCAUGGCAUCUGGUCACCCCAGAGCAAGAGCGAGUUUCCACAACUGCUUGCGGCAAUCUUCGUCCUGUAUGCCAUCCUCAAAUCGGGUGAUGCAUACGAGCGCAUGGAUGAUGCGGCUACGCGGAGGUCCAUUCGCGAUGUGGACAACGUUGAGUCUGCAACUCUGCAGGCUCAGGAUGUGCUCAUCAAGCCCCACCCGGUUCAGAUCCUCACGCUUUUGUGCCUCACCGGCUACGCCGCGGAGAUUCAGGAUCUCGAGAAUCACGUCAUGCAGAUCCGCACGGGCGAGGGCAAGUCAAUUGCCCUUGGUGGUGGAGCGGCUCUUCUUGCUUUGCUCGGACACCGUGUACGAUGCGUCUGCUAUUCGAAGUACCUGAGCGACAGAGAUUUCAAGGCAUUCCGUGCCUUGUUUGAGGCGCUGGCUGUGCAACAUCGAAUCGUCUACAGCGUGAUUACAUCAUACAGCCGCUUGCCAAAAAUCAAGCUGUUGCUUGUUUUCCAGCACCAAAUCAGCUUGCAGACUGGCGAAGUGUGCUGCUUAGGUGAAGAUCUCGCAGAGCGCAAGGGCGACAUUCGCAAACUGACGCUCGAUCUUGUCAAGACGGGAACGUUGACAGCGUCAGCGCAGAGAGCCAAUCAGGUGGUGGAUGUUGAGUUUGCCGGGCUGUUAGCAUCCUUCAGAGUCUUGGUCUCCUCCUUUGUAGGAAUGAAACCACGAACUGUUGUGGAUGAUGCCAAGACCCAUGGCGAGAAGAGCUUGGCAGCAACGGCAACGGAAGCUGAGAAGGAGCCGUCGGCGAAGCUUGGUGCACACGAUGCGGUCGAUGUUGCGAUGAUGGCCCAGAUCGAGUCCAUGUCAGGCGCACGUGAAACCUGCGCAGCAGAUGCUGAAGAAGUUUUGCUUGUUGAUGAAGUCGAUGUGCUCUUCGGCAAUGAUUUCUACGGCAGGACACACAACCAGGUUGCACUCCUUGUGUCGAUCGCAGCAGAAGACCUGCUACGUGAGGUCUGGAAGUACCGCGAGCAUGUUGCGCAGUUGAAGGCAGUCAUCCAGUCUGUAAAGAGCUCACGUGCUUUUGAACUACUCUUACAAGAACUACCAGCUUUCGCAGACAUCGUGCACGACGAGACGGAGAGAAUGUGCGCAGACUUGGCAGAUCAUAUGCAGAACGACAGGGACUAUAUUUUCUGCAAUGGCAAGGUUUGCUACAAGGUGAUGGACGGGAUCGCUUCCGAUGUCGUGAAGGGCUACAAAACAGCUUUCGCCUAUCUGCAGGAGGCCACCAAGCAUUCAUUGCACAACGAAGACGAGGUCCUUCGGAAUGCCCUUUCUUUGCGUAUUCCAUGCGGUCGAUUUUCGUAUGCAGCCUUGGGAUCUGCAAAGAUCCUGGGUGUAUCUGGGACAGUGCAUGGAUUGACGCAGUACCAAUGGCAGGUGAUGCAGGGCUUUGGCGUCAGCAGCUACACACUGGUUCCGUCGGUGUACGGCCGCAACAACUUUGCUUUCCUAAAUCAGGACCACGGCACCCCCAUCACAGUCACCACAGAUUUAUUUCAUGAUGUUGCGACGCAGGUAAACAGGAUAAUACAGCAAGGCCGUGCAGUCAUCGUCUUCUUCAGAGAUGCGCAUCAGGUGGAGGACUUUCAACAAUCCCCGUACUAUGGCAAGAUCCAGAAUAAGAACGUGUUGCUCCCAAGCCUGCUGGACAAGGACAAGGAUUGGAUUAUCCGGAAGGCGGCAACGGCCGGGCAAGUUACGUUUGCGCCGGCAAUCUUCGGCCGUGGAACGGACUUCUGCUGCUUCCUUGCGGCACGUUACGAUGAAGAGCUCGACAAGGAGGGAGGAGUCCACGUCAUCCAGGCCUUCUUCUCCCUAGACCAGAGUGAGGAGAUCCAGAUUCAGGGUCGCACCGCACGGCAGGGAAAGACGGGCACAUAUUCUCUCAUCCUAGCCGAGAGUGAACUCCACGAGUUGGGGUUGCAACCACGGGAUGUGCAAGCAAUGCAAGCUCAAGUCCUGUAUGACACGCUAUGCAAGACGCGAGAAGCAGUGCAACUGCAAGCCAGCAGGGAAGUGGAGAAGAGAUUGCAGGAUGCGACCACCUUGGAUCGGCAAUCGCAUGAUUACUUCGAUGCACUCCUUCGAGGAGACCCACGUGGAGCGGGAGUUCAGCUUCGAGCCCUUUACAAGUCGCUGGCAUCGACACAUGCAGGCAGCGGCUACCACAUCGUGUGCUGCUACGAUGAGUCAGGCUCCAUGCAACACCAUGGCAAGUGGCAAGAUCUUGUGCAAGCACAUCAGGCUUGCAUGAACAGCUUGCAGCAUUCAUUUGGGCAAGUUUCCAUCAUCCAGUUUGACAACUACGCUCGGACAGUGCUCAGCCGGGCUACACCGGCGCAGGCAGAGGCCCAAGCUCUCCGCAUGAAUGGUGGCGGAACAAAGUUCGAGCCAGCCUUGGCAGCGGCGGUCCAACAGAUGCGUGCCGGAGAUCGCCGAUUCACUCCGGUGCUACUCUUCAUGUCGGAUGGGAACAACGAUGAUGGUCCCUGCACAGACAGCAUUCAAGCCAUGGGCCAGGAAUUCCCAAACCUGAUCUUCCACGCCGUCAUCUUCGGCCAGCGCGACUCGCAGAGACUCCGUGGAAUGGUGGAUGCAGCAAAGAACGGGCACUUCCACGUCUCCGUGGACGGCAUUCAGCUUGAGCAGACCUUCAAGUCCAUCGCAAGCAGCCUCGAGUACACUGGUCGAUGA